AUGACAACAGCAAUAGAAUGCUUUAGCGAUUUUUAAUUCCUACAGUGCUAUUUGUAAUAUUAAAAAUUAUUAAUUUAUUUUUUAGAUCUUGGAGUUUAGAAAUAAUAUGUUUGAUUUGUUUAGGAUUUGCUAUUUCUUUAAUCUUUAGGAAAAAAUGUUAAAAAUUAUGGAGCAACUCAACAAAAAUAAUAAUACUAAUAAUUUUGUCUCUUAUUUGUAAGAUUUGAGUAAUGUUAGUUUAUUUCGUAUUCAAUCUAACAAGAACUCAUAGAACAUUAUAUUUUCUUUAGGAAUUAUUUUAUUAAGUAAAUUAAGCCUGUUUAAUUUUCUAUUUUGGAAAUAAAUUAGUUACAGGGCCAACUUAAAGAUAAAAUUUAAAAAUAAUUCGAAUAAUCUUUGGAAUUCUAAUUAUUCUAGAUAUUACUACUUUUAUUAUGUCUAUUAUUGAAGCAACUUCUAAGAAAUUAAUGUGUAAAUGUAAGUUAAAAUAUUUACAAUUAGAUUAGAGAUUUCAUUUACGGUUUUCAGGUCUAUAAGUUUAAUUACAUAAAUAAUAUUCCUAAUCAUUGUAUAAGAAUUAUACAAAAGGUUUUAGAUAAAUUUAUAGAGUCUGCUCAAAAAUGAAUAAUAAACCUAAAGGCAAAAGUCUCAUUUUAUUUAAUUAAAGUAGUUUAUUAUUUUUAUUAUCAAGAAUAUUAUGUUACAUCAGUCUCAUCGGAUCAAUUGUUUUGUUGAUUGUUAAUUUUUUAUAUAUGCUGUCGUCUGAAUGUAGAAUUAUUGACCAUUUUGGAAAAGAAGGGCACAACCUUUCAGAUGAACUCAAUGCUUUAAUACAUACUAUUGUAAAACUAUUUACUUAUUUUUUUCCAAUAAUUUUAACUUUAGCAUUAUUUAAAACAAAAACUUAAAAAGAAAAUUCAAAUAGUUCUAUUUAUGAAGUUGAAGAUUUAUCAAAUCAAUAGUAUUUUUAAGGCUUAGCAUUUUACAAAUGA